AUGAUACACUAGACGCAACAGUCUCUUGGAGUCGAUUCGGAGACGUACAGUGAAAUGGAGGAGGACAUUCGAAAACGGGGUUUACUGUAUUUACAGCAGCAGAGGUUUGGGAAGAAAUGGCGAAAGGUCUGGUCCGUGCUGUACAGAGAAAGCUCGUGUUCCAUCUCUCGUCUCGAGUUCUUCGAGUUUAAAGAUGGAACUGGGAACACCAUUGAAAGAGCCAACCGCAAGCAGGAAAACAAAAAGGUGAUAAAGUUAAACGACUGCAUUCGAGUGUCAGAUGCUGAUGUGGAAGGCUGUCCACGGGACUGCGGACCGUUUUUGGUCGAGACGACAGAAAAGACGUUUGUUUUUGCUGUCGAGACAGCUGAACUGGAGGAUUGGAUGCAGAAACUGUGUGAAAUCGCUUUUCCGAUGAGCUGGUCAGAGAAGGGAGCAGUGAGAGGAAACAGUUUACAAGCUGAAUCUGAUGAUGUCACGAUGGCGGACAACACCCUUUACUGCAGCAGAGAAACCGCUAUGAAAGACUUCAAGGUAACAGUGAGACGCACAGAGGCUUCUGAGAGAUGUGGACUGAAAGGUUCACUGUUGUUGCGGACAGAUCUUGAUAGCCUUCUUCUGAAAGACCCUAAAACUGGAGAGGUUUUGUAUUCCUGGCCCUACAGAUUCCUCCGGAGGUUCGGACGUGACAAGGCAACAUUCUCCUUCGAAGCUGGCCGAAGAUGUGACUCAGGGGAGGGUAACUUUGAGUUCGACACAAAGCAGGGAAACUCUAUUUUUCAAUCCGUGGAGGCUGCCAUCAAUGUGCACAGAGCCACUUUACCUCAAAAGCAGGUGUCGGGUGCAGAGCGAGAGCCUGUGCCCUCUGUUCCUUGCUUGAAAGCUACCGUGGACGACUCCAGCGUCUACAGUAUGGUGUCCGAACAUCAAGUCAGGGAGAUGCCCAAACAACAACAAAACCCCCAGCCCUCAAAACUUGAAGCCCCAUCAGAAAAACUUCUAACUGGUGUUAAGAGUCUGAACCUGGACUCCAGACCUCCACCACGUAAAAGCCAGGUCAAGAACUUUAGAAGUUGCCCCUUGGUCAACACCGAAGAGGAGACUUAUUCCCGCGCCAUGGCGCCAGCUCUGGAUCGGGGCAGUCCCGGGGAGAGGAGAGAACCGAAGGACAGACGUUCCACAUGCUCCAACCCUGAGGAUUCUGACUACUCUUUGCCCUUUGACAGCAUUUCCAAAAACGUCAUGGCGGACAUUUUGGCAGCAUCUAACCCGCCACCAACUUUAGUAGAGCCAGGUUCUGAAAACGAAAAAAAAAAAGUUCCAGAAAACACAGAACCGCUGUACGACAGUAUAGAUGAAACUGCCAUUAGAACCCGUUACACGCAUAAAAGCCAUUCUCGCCCGACCUCUUACAAAAGAGUGGAGCACAUCUAUGAUGAACCUGAGGGUUGUGCUAUGACCCCAGGUGGUCAUCCGUCACUCUAUGAUGAACCAGAGGAGGUCAAAGGUCAUGCCUGGAAGAUGCUGGGUACGGUAAUGGAUCCAAGCGGUCACGAGUAUCCGUACAACGCUAGUGUGGAUGACUAUGCCGUUCCCAAACCUCCAAGGAGGGCCUUGCUGCCAGAGCAGGACAAUGAGGAGGAGGACAGUUCACCGUAUGAUAAUAUCAUGGUGAAAGUAAUACAAAAGAAUAACUAAAGACUGCUUUAGAACCAUUCUGUUAUGAUAACUGAGGAGAAAUAUGAGAGAGUGAGUGAAUGCAAAUAUUUAAUCAGAUAAUGAGAAGAAUGGACAAUACUGCUUUACUGUUCUCCAACAGCUGUGACCUGAGGCUGAACUGAAAUUCAUAUGGGCCCAUACUAUUAUCUCACAAUAUCCGUUCAUUACAUAUCCGUUUUCAAAUAAAAAACGGAAAAUGGAAAAACUUUACACAAACUUAACACAAAAUAAAAAAGGAAAAACGUUUUUUAAAAAAGUAGAAAUAUUAACUUUUUCUAUAUUUUGUUUAAACUGGGAAAAUUAAAUAAUGAAUAUAUGAAAUAAUGAAUAAUACCUGUUUUUUUUCAACCUAGAGCUACAGUACGUUUUUUGCAAACAGUUGCAAAUGUCACCAACAGGCGGAGCAAAGACGUUGCAAAGCAGCUACAGUCAUUCAGCUCUGUACAUGACCGCAGUAAAUACACAGAUUGUGUAUAUAGCCUAUGUAUAGGCUAUGGUAAUGUAUAGAGCUUGCGCUUUGCCAGACUUACGUUUAUUACUCGCGGGAAUAGUACGUUAUUUUCGCACAAGGCAAAUUUCUCGCCCGAGUUUUUAUUCUUUCAACGUGCCUGUCUGUGUGUUGUGCAUGAGGGUGUGUUCGGUGAGUCUGUGUUGUGAGCGUAUGUGCUUGCUUCUGUGCUUGUGCGUUGUGUCUGUGUCACUUUGCUCUUCAUUUUUUACUUUCUUUCUUUCUUUCUAUACAUGUUAUGGAUUGCUUGUAGGUAUCAUGUUUCACGUACAGCUGCUUUGUGAAAACUGUAAAAAAGUUGGGUUGAGUUCACCCGCUAUUUGCUUAAGAAUGAUUUUUGUCCCACGCAGCACAUGCACAUGCAGUCCUCAGAUCAGGCUGUACUUGUGAUCUGUUAGAAGGAUGUCGGGAGUUGGCUAUUUUAUAGGCAACGAAAAUUUAAUCCAUCUCCGCAAGAAUUCGGGGAGAGCCGCAGUAAUGCAGACCUCUAGUAGACAGUCUAUUAUGCACACCACCCUUAAUACAAACCCGUUAAGUUUGCAUCAGACGCAUUUAUACUGUAAAAUAUUAGUGAUCAAGGCUAUAAAAAUAAGGCUUACAUUUCUGAAACUGGCCUUAGAUGAGUCAUAUUAGACUCAAAUAGAUUAUUCAGAGUUUUUGCCUAUUAGCCUAACCUUUCCUAAUGAACAUAAUAUGUGCGCCUCCUUGCUUUGCAGCGUCUUUGCUCCCCCGGUUGGUGACAUUUGCAACUGUUUGCAAAAAAACUUACUGUAGCUCAUGGUU